GAGAGAGUGUGUGAAGCAACAAUCAACAAUGGAGAGCAGCGAAGAUCCCAAACCCGACGGCAACGCCGCCGCACUCAUCGCCGCAUUCUGCGAGAUCACCGCCUCCACCAAACAACAAGCCCUCUUCUUCCUCGAAAGCCACAAUUUCGACCUCGACGCCGCCGUCUCCACCUUCCUCGACGACGACGACAACACCCUAAUCAACCCCACCACAACCGCCACCGCAACCGCCGCCGCCGACGACGACGAAAACGAAAACGACGCCGUUUCACCCUCCGAGCCUCAAUCCCCUGACUUCUACCCUUCCCCGUCUCCCUCACGCUCGCCUUCCCCUUCCCACUCCCCCUCUCGCGCCCCCUACGAGCUCCGAUCCCGCAGGUCACUCGGCAAGAAACCUUCCUCCUCGUCUUCCGGAACCCGCCGCGGUGGAAUCCGCACGUUCCGUGAUCUCAAUCGCGGAUCCGGUACCGAUUCUGAAUUCGAUGAACCGCCUCCGGAGGAGUACUACACUGGUGGUCAAAAGAGUGGAAUGCUUGUGCAAGAUCCUACCAGAGGUGGUGGGAACAGUGUGGAUGAUAUUUUUGAUCAAGCAAGGCAGGUAGCUGUUGAUCCACCUCCAACUGAAAACUCUUCUAGGUCAAGGAGUUUCAGUGGAACUGCCAGGUUGCUUUCUGGGGAGACAUUGCCGUCUGCUCCUCAACCGGUAGGGGAGAUCACGUACGCGAUCACGUUCUGGAGGAAUGGUUUCUCGAUCAAUGAUGGUCCUUUACGGAGGUUGGAUGAUCCACAAAAUGCUCCAUUUAUUGAGAGCAUAAAGAAGGGUGAAUGUCCCAGAGAGCUUGAACCAGUUGAUCGAAGGACUUCGGUUCAUGUCAACCUCUCAAGGCGUGAAGAAAACUACCCUGAACCGGCGAAGCCACGCCAUCUUCCAUUCCGGGGGGUUGGAAGAACCUUAGGUAGCAGCAGCUCCGGCAGUGAAGCUGCUGGUGAACCUAUUCAAGCAACUGCUGCUGCUGCUUCUUCACGAAGUACAGCUCCAACGCCAGAAAUCGGUUUAGUUGUGGAUGAUUCCAAGCCGGUGACAUCAAUCCAGCUAAGGUUGGCUGAUGGUACGCGCAUGGUUUCUCGCUUCAAUCACCACCACACAAUCAGAGAUAUUCGAGCAUUCAUUGAUGCAUCAAGACCUGGCGGAGCUAGAAGUUACCAUAUGCAGACAAUGGGUUUUCCUCCCAAACAGCUCACUGAUUUGGAGCAGACUAUAGAGCAAGCUGGUAUAGCCAAUUCAGUUAUUAUCCAAAAAUUGUAGGUUGUUUACCUGUUUUAUUUCCAGUCAAAUUGAAAUUACUUUAUCUAUGCUUAGAUAUUGAUUUAUCUACUUUGUGAAUUUCAUCAAAUGUUCAUUGUUUUGGUAUAAUCCUCUAUCCCAAAUUGCUUUCAUGGUAAAUGAUAAUUGAAUGGAGGCCAGAAUUACCAGGAA